AUGGCUGAGAGUGCAUUCCCCAGCGCCCAACAACCCCUCCGGGUGGGCACAAAAGACGACAAAGCCGCUGCUUUUCAGAAGAUCUCCGAGGAGGACGAAUACGAGGUGACGUCACCAACCGAUCCCACUUUUCGAUCUGCCAACGCCGCUGCUGCAUCCUCGUCGACCGGCAGCCCCUUCUUCGGUGGUAGUUAUGGCGAGAAUAGCGGACCAAUUCGUUUCAACAGGAGUCCGUUCGACAAUGGGCCCAGGGAGGAGGACGACGAGGGUGCCGACGAGUUCCCUCCGGAAGACAUCCGCCCCACGGGCGCCGCGAAUCAGGGAUUCCCUAAUAACUACGCGCUGGGCCGCCGGACAUCGGUUUCAGCAGAGUCACUGAACCCGACCUCGGCUGGCUCAGAUAGCUGGACUCCCCCGUACCAUGAGAAAACAGAGGAGCAGCUGUCCCGCCUGAAGACUGCGGUCAGCAGCAACUUCCUCUUUUCGCACCUAGAUGACGACCAGUUCAAGAGUGUGCUCGAUGCUCUGGUUGAAAAGCCUAUCCCAGCCAAGGGCAUCAAGGUUAUUAGCCAGGGUGAUGCAGGAGACUACUUUUACAUCGUAGAGAACGGCCACUUUGACUUCAUGAUCCACCCAUCGGGCUCCGUGCAACCCGGUCCGGACGGCAUGGGCAACAAAGUGGGCUCCGUUGGACCCGGAGGCUCGUUUGGAGAGCUGGCUCUCAUGUACAAUGCGCCUCGCGCGGCCACCGUCGUGUCGGUGGACCCGAAGAGCACACUCUGGGCCCUGGACCGCAUCACUUUCCGACGGAUUCUCAUGGACUCGGCCUUCCAGCGCCGUCGCAUGUACGAGGCAUUCCUCGAGGAGGUGCCGCUGCUGUCAAGCCUUAAGCCCUAUGAGCGUGCCAAGAUUGCCGAUGCUCUGGACGCCAUCAAGUAUCCUGCUGGCUCUACGAUCAUUGCUGAGGGCGAUCCGGGUGAUGCCUUUUACCUUCUCGAAUCCGGAGAGGCGGAUGCCUUCAAGAAUGGCGUGGAGGGCCCUGUGAAGUCCUACAAGCGCGGCGACUACUUUGGUGAGUUAGCCUUGUUGGAUGACAAGCCACGGGCCGCAAGCAUCGUGGCCAAGACAGAGGUGAAGGUGGCGAAAUUGGGCCGGGAUGGCUUCAAGCGGUUACUGGGCCCUGUGGAAGAUAUCAUGCGACGAGCUGAAUACGAAUCGAAACCUGUGCCCGCUUGA